CUGUGGGAACCUCAAAGAUUUCUAUGGGGGCUGCAGGACCCCCCCAUGGCCCGGGACGGUGGGAUCCCUGGAAUACAGGGGGCCGUGCUGGCAGCGGUUGUACCUGGGGGUGGGACUCAGCCUUAGGGCUGGGGGGCGGGACCCGAAGCAGAGGGGGCGGGGCCGCUUCCAGUUGUCCCCGCCCCCCACUCCGUAGUGCGUUGCUCCAGCGCCGUUGUCCACAUUUGGAGGCGAUGGGCAGCGGCGCUUCCACGUGUCCGAUCUCCGCCGAGGGCCCUGCAGGCGUGGAGCAGCGGCUGGAGGCUCGGGGUGGGCGGCUGCCCCCAGCUCUGUGGGAGUUGCAUGGGCUUCGCAAGCUGUACCUGAGUGGUGCCGGGCUGCGCGAUGUGCCCGAUGAGCUGGCGUCCCUGCAGCACCUCCGCACACUGGCGCUGGAUGGCAACGAGCUGAUGGAGGUGCCCGAGGCCUUGUGCCAGCUGCCCUGCCUGGCCUAUCUCUACCUGGGCCGCAAUGGGCUGCAGGGGCUGCCUGCUUCCUUUGGCCACCUGCAGAGCCUGCGCUGCCUCUGGCUGGAGGGCAACUUCAUGGCUCGCUUCCCCCAUGUCCUGCUGGGCCUGCCCGACCUGCGCAGCCUGCAGCUGGGAGACAACCGCCUGGCUCGCCUGCCCUCCGUCCUGCCCCGCAUGGCCAACCUGCAGGGCCUCUGGCUCUAUGGCAACCGCUUCCAACACUUCCCUCUGGUGCUGCUGCGCAUGGCCCAGCUCCGCGUCCUGGACCUGGACCGUAACCGCAUCGCCCACUUCCCCGACCUGCGGGGCCUGGCCGGCCUCUGCCUGCUCUCCUAUGACCACAACCCCGUGCGACAGCCGCCCUGCGUGGCUGACACGGUGCGGCUGGUGGGCAGCGGGGCCGUGGAGUACAUGGAGGCACGGGAGGAGCGGCUGCGGGAACAACAGCAGCUGGAGGAAGAGGAGGAGGAAGGUGCUGAGAAGAUCCCCCAGGGUGAUGGAUCCUCGUUGCUGGAGGAUGCCCCAUGAGGGGUUGUGGAGCCACUGAGAGCCAGAUCUGAGGAGCACAGGGUGCUUUAGAGCAUCCCAUAUAGGCACAGGGCGCAGUCCUUGCAUCGCUCCGCUCAUUGUGUGGUAACUCUGCCCUGAGGAUGUGCAGCACAGCUCUGCGUGCUUCCUAUGGCACCACCUCUAUGGAUUCCCUCUGCUCCUGCCUCCUUGGCUGAGGGAGGAGAAAGCAGCACUGGCUCACGGACCCUGCUGCCCAUUGAGUUUUGGGGUGACUGCACAAAGUUUUGUAUGCUGAUCUCCUCCAGAUCUAGGAAGAAGGCAAAGGAAAACCUCACCUCCAGCCUUCUCCAUGCAGGGGAGCUCCAUGCCAUGCCUUAGAAGAAGCACUGAGGCUGCAGGCUCACGGUGUGCAGCUGUGUUUGGCAGUGAGAAUCACAAAUGUGGUGUGAGAAAGGUAGUAGGGUCAGAUCUUGGGCUGGGGGGGCAUGUUACUGGGAAAGGGCUGUGAGUGAAGUGCGUGGCCUUAAUUCUGGUUUAUAUGUCUGGAUACAAUCCCAUCCCCAAGCUCUUGGGCUCACUGACUGCACUGCACAUCCAGUGCUGAUUGCAGAGGGUUGGGGUUGGAGGCUGCCAGUCAGCUUGCUUGCCUUCCACGUCCUUUUUCCUUUCCAGCUAUUGUUAGGGCUGUGAGGAAGCAGUGGGAUGCCUGGGAGCCCUGGCAGCCGCUGCCAUGACAGGGGUUGAUAAAACCCAACGUGGGGCUUUGGUCACCUUUUUGGAGUCUGGGUCUUCCCUGGUUGCCACCAGCCACAGGUUGCGAUGCUUGCAGGGGCUCCCUGCCUUUCCAAUGCCUUUUACCCACCGCAUUCUGAUUCUCCAUCCCUCUGAGCUUUGGGAUUUGUGCUGGGACGGGGCUGGGAUCCAGGACCUGCUGUGGGCAUUGGAAGCGUUUUGGGUGCCAGCCCCGUUGCGGUGCAUCAUCCAUACGUCUGUCUCUAUAUAUAUCCCUCUCCGCCUGCUCACAGAUCCCCAUACAUGUUUUGCAGCUGGGAACGUGCUGCUAUUUCCAUCUGCUCCCGCUGACUGCGGACGCCGGGGAUCGCUGCAAUGAUGCCACAGAAACCCAGGCUCUGCCAUAACCCUGCUGCUACCCAGGGCUCUAUGCUGCCAAAACCCUGAGCUGUGGCUCAGCGGGGUGCAGUCCUAAGCCAGUGGCACCAGGGCCCUGCUUUGUCCCCUGUUUUGGCACCAGAAAGGAGCCGUUUUCCAUCAGAGCCGACUGUGCGUCUCUCCACCAGCCCUGCAUCUGGAAUUUCUUUUAUUUAUUCAAGAGCAGCAUCCACACAAUUAUUUAUCACAGCAACUUGAGCCUUGUUUGUGCUGCCAGCACCCUACGCUGGGGACAGGCACUGUGCUGGGCAUGGUGGCUUUGUGCCCUGGAUGUACAGAACCUGCUGAGGGAAACGAGCCCAAAUCUCACCCCCCAAACCCAUCCCAAGCCACAUCCAACCAUCUUUAAAUCUAUUCCCAAACCCCAUUUCCAAAACCCCAUCCGCAAUCCCACCCCCAAACCUCAUCCCCAUCCCCAAACCUGCCCUCCCCUUAACCCCCACCCCGUAAGGAGAAGGUUAAACGGGCAGAUUCACACAGUCCUUUAUUACCAAGAGUGGGAGCUGCCUCCAGAAAACGAGGGUCCCCGCUCCCUAAAAAUAGGAUUCUGCAAAGAGGCCUCCACCAGGCUGCCCCCCCACCCCCCCCAUCC